AUGAAGAAGAAAUACCUCUGUAACCCUGAUUACAGCUUCGAUAAAGUGAAUAGGGCCAGUAGCGCUUGUGGACCGAUGGUGAAAUGGUCUAUUGCACAGAUCAACUAUGCAGACAUCUUACAGAAAGUGGAGCCACUAAGGAAUGAAUUGCGUGCCCUUGAGCAGGAUGCGCAAAUGAACAAGGAGAAAGCUUUUGAUGUAGAGAAGACAAUCGAGGCGUUGGAAAAGAGUAUUGCACGUUACAAGGAAGAGUAUGCUGUUUUGAUUAGCCAAGCACAAGCGAUAAAAUCAGAUUUAGCCAACGUUGAGGCUAAAGUGAGUGAUAAUUUUCCUUUAAAAUAUAUGCAUGCAUAUUAG